AUGUCUUACAGCAGAUACCACUACUAUGCUGGCCACCUGCCGUGGGCAGAAGAUUAUGAAAGAGUAGAGGCAAUCCAUCGACAGAGGAGACUGAGAGAGAAUCGGGGCCUUAGGUUGCGUGCAGUGUGGGGGCUCUCUCCAAAAUUCCCUGAGCCGGAUUCUGAUGAACACACUCCAGUCGAGGAUGAAGCAAAAACUCAGAGGAGCGAAUCUAGCUGGGAAGAAGGAGAAAGGAAAACGAAGGCCAGUCGUUCCAAAGCUCUCCCCAAAAGAAAGAAAAAGUCCAAAAGAAAACACAGGAAGUGUUCUGAAAAUAAUGACAGCAAUUCAGACUGUGAUACCAAGUCUAGCUCUGGUGAUGGCAAAAGGAGAACUAGAAAGGCCAGGAAGAAAGAGAAGAAAAGGAAGCACAGAGUCAAGAAAAACAAAAAGAAGAAAAAGAGACUAGAAAAGAAAUCUAGCGACUCAACUUGUAAAGAUGCUGCAGGGGAGUUGCCGGAAACGUGGAUUGAGCCAUCAACGAUUUCAGAUGGUGUGGGUCUAAUAGGCUCCAAAGGACCUAUAAUACACUCCUCUCAAGAUGAAAAACCAUUAAACUAUGGCCACGCUCUGCUCCCAGGUGAAGGUGAAGCUAUGGCUGAGUACAAAAGAGGUGAAAUUGGGCUGACUAGUGAAGAGAUGGCUUCAUUUGAAUGCUCAGGUUAUGUGAUAAGGGGUAGCAGACAUCGGAGGAUGGAGGCUCUAUGACUUCGGGAAGAGAACCAGACUUACAGUGCCGAUGAGAAGAGAGCCCUUGCAUCCUUUAACCAAGAAGAGAGCAAAAGAGAGAAUAAGAUUCUAGGCAGUUUCCGAGAGAUGGUGUCCUGGAAGAUAAAAGGAAAAGAUGACAAAUAA